AUGAGGGAGUCAGUGUUGCUUGCUGUUUUCUGGACGCUAUUCUCAUGUGUUACCUGUACUUUAACUCCGUUUAUCACUCCAUGCUACUCCUCGGACACAGAGUGCCUGAAGCAAUCCACACAGAGGGCACUGCCGGUCAUAGCUGCUGGGGUGACGAGCCUCGGCAUGCAGUCGCUGGACCCAAUGACGCUGGAACUUGUUUCCGCCAGCCAGUCUGGCUUGGAGAUGGAGUUCAAAAACACCGUAGUCAAAGGCCUGAGAAACUGUGAGGUGAUGCACGUUAAACGGUACACGCAAAGGACUCGACUGGAUCUGAAGUGCUCCGUGACUCUCAUCGGCGACUACACGCUUGGCGGAUAUCUGUUGAUAAUGCCAAUCGAAGGGCACGGCAGAUACAAAAUAAAAAUCCGUGACAUCGUGGUGAAGAUAGACUUGAAGUUCACCGAGCGGGAGGCGAACGGGCAGCGCUAUUGGUUGCUGGACAGCUACCGCCACGCUGCAGAUGUACGCACGAGGGUCCAAUUCCAAUUCCAGAAUCUGUUCGGCGGGAACAGACUCCUUUCUGAUAACAUCCACGAGUACGCAAACAACAACUGGCGCGAAAUCUUCAAAGAAAUGUCCCCGCCCAUUGUCAGCGACAUCGUCUCCAAGAUCUCAGAUGAGAUUAGGAAGCUGUUCGACGCCGUACCUAUCAGCGACAUGAGUUUGGACUGA